AUGAGUUAUCAACAAUCGCAGGAUAUGUAUCACGACAACCCUUCUGCGCGUUCCCCUGGCUCCCAGCGUCACCAGCAGCCUUUGCACCGUCAACCUUCGCGACAGUUCGACGCGUACGGCCCCAUGCCCGUCAAUCUCUACGAGGACCCAAUGGCCCGUUACGACACGGGCCGUCUCGAACGGUUGAACCCCUCGUUGCACAAUAACAACUACGCUUAUGAUCUGCCCGGCUCGCAGACCUGGAACCCCAAUGGAUUUGCCAACGCUCAGGCCCUGGGAGGUAUUCGGUCGGCUUCUGCCAGUUUGAAGACCAACACUCGGAGUGGUCGGGCUGGUCUGCCUACAACCUGGCUCGACCAGCAGCCUGGUAUUACCAGUCCCUUUUCCAAUCUCGGACCCGGCCCCCUGCAAGGGAGUACGAUGCGUCCGGAAACUACCGGUCAUUCGGAGGUCGACGAUGAGCUGAUCCCCACGGCUAUUGUCAUCAAGAACAUUCCCUUUGCCGUCAAGAAGGAGCAAUUGGUGCAGCUGAUGACCGAGCUGAACCUUCCCUUGCCCUACGCGUUCAACUACCACUUCGACAAUGGAGUUUUCCGGGGCUUGGCUUUUGCCAACUUCACGUCUGCCGAGGAAACCGCUACUGUGAUCGAGGUGCUCAACCACUUUGAGCUUCAGGGCCGCAAGCUGAGGGUGGAAUACAAGAAGAUGCUCCCGCUCCAGGAGCGCGAACGCAUUGAGCGGGAAAAGAGGGAGCGUCGGGGCCAGCUGGAGGAGCAGCACAGACCCAUGCCCAACACUCAGCUCCAGACCCAGAGCUCCAUGUCGUCGCUAACUUCCCAUAUCCCGGCGACUUCCCCAUCGCCCGUUUCGCAGCGUGGUCAGAAACUAGAAGUCGAUUUGAAUGACAGCCAGACGCUUUCGUAUUACUCCCAACUGCUGCUGUUCAAGGAGGAUACGGCUCGCGACUCUGUGCUUUUCCCUCCCAACCUGUCCCCGGUUCAGCGUCGUACUGUCCACACUCUUGCCCACAACAUGGGUCUCGGUCACGCUUCUCGUGGUUCUGGUGACCAGCGACAGGUCCAGGUGUUCAAGGUUGCACCUGGCACCAAUGUGAGCCCUCCGUUGUCUGCCAUUCCACCAGCAGUGCAGCCCGACACUGGCCGCCGCGGACUGAACCGUGCCGCGACGAUUGACUUUAGCGAAGCCCGUAACGAAGGCCCUGGUCCCUACAACACCCUUCGCAACCAGGCCUCGGGAUUUUUAGGCGUUCUAGACUCCCCGGGUAACUUUGGGAACACCCAGAACCUGAGAGCAGCUAAGUCAUUUGCAGACUUGCGCUCCUACACCCCAUCGCCUGUGCCUUCUUCCGCGAGUUUCCCCGCCGCCCUUCAGUCCAACGGUGCCCGCCUCCAGCACUAUGACGGUGCCACCAGCGGCGCUUCCAACACUCCUACCUUGACGCCCGCGCCGUCCGGAUCUUCCCUUGGCAUGCAGAGGGAUGAUAGCCUUUUGGUCAACAGCUUGAGUGGCCUGUCUCUGGGCACGGGAAUUGGUGGACCUAAUGCGAGUCCUCGGAGAUUGAGGGGUAUGUUCUCUUGGGAGCAGGAAAACCAACCUUCCAGCGCUGGUCCUAUCGGCAGCAACCGAUCUAUCGGAAUUGGAUUUGACGGUCAAUCGCAGGAGCGGAUGCCCAUUCGGCAGCCCCGAGGCCCGGCCCCCGAGAAGGGCUCGGGAUUUCGACGUCAGAACGGACAUCAUCAGUCACGUGGAAGUGAUGAAUUGCGCACCAAUUCCGGGGUGGAGAUAAUUGUCGAGUAA